AUGACACACGCUGCUCUCAGUCGUGACUGUGGAGAAACACUGCUGACAUGCUGCAUCCACUCGCACACUCUUCCUGAACAGAAGAAGCCGCAGACGCAGAGGGCACCAAUGGGGAACUCCUACGCGGGCCAGCUGCGGACCACGCGCUUUGAGGAGGUCCUUCAUAAUUCAAUCGAAGCUUCUCUCAGGUCCAACACAAUAGUGCCUCGGCCAGUGUUUGCACAGCUGUAUCUGGAGACUGAGCGGCCACCAACACAAAAUGGUCGAGCAGGAAACAAUGAUGAUGAUGAUGAAGAAGAGGGCUCUGAUUCGAACAGCCCUCCUCUUCCCUAUCAGAUGAAGCCUGCUCCCGAAGGCUCCUGCACCACAGAUGGUACAGAUGGGUUCUGUCAGGCAGGACGGGAUCUCCGUUUGGCAUCUUUGGCAUCAGCUCCUCUAGAUGUACCCUCUGGAUUCAUUCUAGUCGGAGUCAAAUCUCAGUCUCUUCAAGAUAACGUACUGGUGUGUGCUGUAGACCACCGCUUUCUGCCGGAUGAACAGGGCUGUAAUGCACUGCUGGGUUUUCUUGGGAAUUGUAUGGGCUGUGGACAGCAGGGCUUCCGCUAUUUUACUGAGUUUGCGAACCACAUUAAUCUGAAGCUGAGCACGCAACCCAAAAAACAGAAGCACUUAAAGUAUCAUUUGUUUCGGAAUACCAAUGGCGUCUUGGUCAAAGGGGCUCCCAUCUGCUGGAAAGGCCAUGAUGGCAGAGUCAGACAGCUGGAGUCAAACUUCUUUGAGGGACAAAUCACAGUGGGUGUGCCACCAUCAAAUGUGGCACUCACUCAUCAAACAGUUGGCUACACAGGCUCACACGUGGAUCAAGUGAAUCAGUCGGCUGAUGCUUCUCACUCACUACAAAAUGGUAGUGAUCUAGUUCCACCUCUUAAUCCUACAUCUUUAAACCAGGCUGGUCCUGGGAGAGCUACGACCACAGUUGUUCCUACAAAUUCUGGUCCACCUAAAAAAAGGCAUAAGGGAUGGUCCCCUGAUUCCUCAUCUGCAAAUACAGUCUCAGAGAACGCAGCUAAACCAUCAACCCAGAUAGCAGUUCCACAAAUCACAAAUGGAGUCCGAGCAGAAAUAGAAACGCUGCUUAAUUCUUCACCGGCCCCUUUGCCCUCGGUGCCUGUGCCUGGGCUCUCAGUGAUAGUUCCUGAUGAGCUACUGCACAUCGCAAGGCUACAACCAGUGGUCUUCAAAGGUCAUGGGGCUCUUCCUCCGUUUACUGGGAACACUUGUGACACGCUGGUGAGCUCUCUGCUGCACAGCUGUUAUCUGAGCUCUCAAACUCUGCCCAGAGUCUACCAGCACUACGGGCCGUCACCCAUCCAGCCACUGUCCACCGAGAUGCAGAUUCUACUUACAGUCUACUACCUUGUUCAACUGGGUCCUGAACAAGUUCCUCUAAUUGAGGAUUUGGAGCAGAUAUUCAUGAGAUCAUGGAGGGAGUCUCAUCUCAGUGAAAUUCGACAGUACCAGCAGCCGCAGACACCCGCCGCACAGGUCCGGCAUUAUGGUCUCGAGGCUUCCUCGCUAUUGUCUGGGAUUCCACAGCAUCUGUCCCUUUCACCACAAGGCCAACAACCCUUGACCCCCAGCCAGCUUCCAUGGCUGGCCCAGCUGGCUGCUUCAUCCUGUGGGGAGGGCCUGGUUGUGCUGCAGGGUACAUCUUUGGCUCAAGGUCUGCAGUUAACAUUUAGCAAACUGAUGGACGGACAACUUAAGAACACAAGCUACGUGGUCAUCAUUGUCACUCGACCUGGACUCGAAACUCAGUCUUGUGUUGUUGUCACAGGUAAACACCAAUGCCGUGCUUUGGCCGAAAGUAUGUUUUCUCCUACUGAAGGUCUUAAAGAGAUCAACCAGCAGCUGUCUACUGGUUUUGCCCAGGAGCUUAUCCAAUAUUGUAAUGGCCUGGGACAAGAUGGUGAUAUGGACUCAAUUCUAAAUUGUGCCACAUUUGAUGGAAUGGAGUCAUCUCCUUUAAAAAACAAUCAAGAGGCAUCUGCAAAGAGCCUGAAAAACACUCCCAGCCCAAAAGACAAACAUGGACAGAAGGAUCCCCCAGGGGCACACUCAAAAGAUCCACGAGGCAAGGAGAGAGUCAACAGCCUGAAGGAUAUCUGCACCGAAUAUUUUGUUCAGUGGCGUGAGGUUCGUCCCAUCCAGUUGGCGGUGGCCAGAAAGCUCCUGUCCCACGUGUGCGCCAUUGCAGACUCCAGCACACAAAACUUGGACCUGGGCUCGUUUGACAGGGUCAGCUUCCUCAUCCUGGUGCCGCCCUCUGAGGUCACCUUUCAGCAGACCGUGCUGCACCUCUGGAGCUCUGGUGUUCUUCGGGAGCUCAGUGGGAUUGACCAGGAGUGUGUAUGUCCGCGGGACGUUGAGCGCUAUGUAGUCAAGAUGGAUGGAAGUGCUCAGGCUCAAAUUGAUAGACUCAUCCAGGAGGCUCACAGUAACUCCUACACACUGUACAUUCUCAUACACGACCACGCCCAUUGGGACGUCAGCAGUGCUACCUACAGCGGCUCGGACUGUGGGUUGGGUCUGGUGGACCAGCUCAUCAAUUCAAGACACGUUCGAGAUUCUCCAAAUAUCCUGAUUCUGCAUGUGACGUCAUUCCCAUUCUCCCUGCAGACACAGUACACCCGCAUCAGCCCGUACAAUGAAAUCCACUGGCCUUCUGCGUUCAGCAAUGAUGUGGACUUGUAUCAUGAAAGAACCAGGUACUUUGGUGUAUCCGAGCUUAUAGAAUCAGCACGUUCAGGAGGAAGCCUCCCACUGAUGCGAUACGACUCUUCGUUUGAAAGCAUGGCCACAGCUCUUGAAGAAAGGUUUCCCAAACUGCACAGCGCUGUCAUCCGCACCAUUGUUUUGAUCCAGCAUUAUUGUAUUGCUUUGAUGGCUGCGUCUGGUAGAAUUAACAGUUCCCAUAAUCUUCACAAACACACGUCUGUGGAAACCCUGGAGAUUGUCCAGUCUUUGCUCAGCGCGGCUCAGCAGUGCCCUGCUCACCACGGACACAUGGUUUUGCUGAGGAUCCCCUCUCUGGCUCUUGCGGCCUGGGCCCACCAGCGCUUAUCCCGCGUGAGGAGACGGCUCGGUCUGGAGGACAGCUUUGAAAUCAUCCUCGGAAAUCCCAACCAUUCACUCAAUAUUGGGCAAACUUUUAUUGACCGAAUUAAGAUCUGGCUCAAGAUCGAAGAGCCUGAGUGGGUCCCACGCACAUAUCUAGAACUAGAGGCUCUUCCCUGUAUACUGAUAUUAUCAGGAGCUGAGCCACUUGGAGAAUCAUUACCCAGGUCCCUGAAGUAUUGUGACCUUCGAGUGAUAAGCUGCUCCUACCUUCAGCGCACGACCCUAGAGCAGGAGCUGGGACUGGCCGCUUACCUUGUGCAGACAGACUCUCGACCACCAAACAACAACGGCCCCAGAAGCGACUCCCUGGAGAGCGAUGCCGAAAAACUGAGCAGCUCCGAGAACGAAGAGGACGAGGGUCAAGACAGCGAAAACUCCCCUUUGUCAUCCAACCUUCGAACUCAGUCAUGUGGCGAUAGCGCAGACCCUUCGCCCUGUCAAAGCUCCUCAUCAAUCCAAAAGGGAUCACCGGACACUGUGCUUACCCUUGCACCAUCUCAAACCAAACUUCUUCCACAGCUAUCAUCACAGUCUCUCUCCACCUCUCACCCGCCUCCGUAUCCUUCUCAGCCUCAGUCCCAGAUACAGCCGCUGGCCCCUGCUGCAGCCGUGGCCUCAGCCCAGACAGCUCAGCCAGUCCCGCCUCAGUGCCAGAAGUCCAAAUCCAGCUCUCCAGACUCGCGAUCCUCCUCCCCUAAUCUCAGCUGCUCUUGGGCUCGUGGGGUGACGCGGCCUCCCUCGGUGCUCCUCCCCCGUGCCCUCUAUGAUGUCAUCACAGCCAGCGACAGCAGCGGCCUGCCUCGAUGCACAACUUUUCUACCGCAUAUAUCUGUAGCGUGGGCCAGCAGCUUCAGGCCUUUGCUGAGUAAGAUGAUGACGUGCACAGAGCAGUCUCUGUAUUACCGGCAGUGGACUGUCCCUCGCUCUUAUCACAUGGACACCAGCAAUCGCACAGAAAGCCGAUGUGACAACUUCCACCCACGCCGCCUGCUGCUCAGCGGUCCACCCCAGGUGGGUAAGACAGGUGCAUAUCUUCACUUUCUGGGUAUUUUGUCUCGGAUGUUGAUCCGCCUAAUGGAAGUGGACAUCUAUGACGAAGAGGACAUUAACUGCUUUUUCCAGGCAGAAGCAGCACAAUGCCACUCAUCAAAUGCACACUGGCCAAAGACAGAUGUGAUGCAAACAAUGCCCUUUGACUAUAACAUCCAUGACCCAAAAUACGAGGACAUCAGUGCUGUGUAUUGUCCUGGAUUCAGCCCCAGCACAGACAGACCUCCGCUGCGGCAGGAAGAUAUGUAUCUGCGCAGAAGAACCUCCAGAAUCAAGCUGUCCAAAUAUGCGGCUUACAACACGUACCACCACUGUGAACAAUGUCAUCAGUAUUUAGGCUUCAACCCCAGAUACCAGAUAUAUGAGUCAUCUCUGCAUGCCUUCACAUUUACUCACCUCAUGCUCGGGGAGGAGAUCCAGCUGUACUUCAUCAUACCAAAGUCAAAAGAGCACUACUUCAGCUUCAACAAACACGGCGGGCAGCUGGAGGGCAUGAGGCUGCCGCUGGCUUCUGACUGGAGUCCAGACAGCAUCAAGAGUCCCAUCUUUACCCCGACAACUGGGCGACAUGAGCAUGGCCUGUUUAACCUUUUUCAUGCCAUGGAUGGAGCCUCGCAUCUGCACAUCUUGGUGGUGAAGGAGUAUGAAAUGGCUGUCUAUAAGAAGUACUGGCCAAACCACAUCAUGCUGAUUCUGCCCACUGUCUUCAAUGGAGCUGGGAUAGGCGCAGCUCACUUCCUGAUCAAAGAGCUCUCGUAUCACAACCUUGAGCUGGAGCGCAGUCGGCGGUCGGAGGGCGCGGGUCCCACAGGAGACGUGUGGCCCUUCAUCAUCCUGGCAGACGACUCCUGCGUCAUGUGGAACGCUGUGGACGUCGAUGCGCGCAAUGUCCCGGUGGAGCACAGUGUGUCGCUGAAGCAGGUCUUACAGCACAUGGAGGCCUGUCCUGACCUCACGCACUACAGUCUCUGUGGGAUCAGGAAGUGGAGCAGCCAUGGACUGACAAGUUAUAAGCAGAUGGGUCAGUUUUCGCGAGGCCAUCUUCACGACUUCCUCCUGCUGAACGUGGACCGCAGUCAGAGCGUGCAGUACGACCAGAAGCGCUUCACGUGUCACGACGUGGACUUCACGCUGCGGCUGCACAGUGCGGGGCUGCUGCUGUGUCGCUUCAACAGCUUCAGCGUCAUGAAAAAGCAGAUCGCCAUCGGAGGAUACAGGACAUUCAUUAUCAAGACCAAGAUGACUGAUGUUCCGACGUCAGUGGGGCCGUCGCAGUACGUCUGUGCCCCUGACAGUAAACACCUCUUCUUAGCCACACCGGCUCAGCUGCUUUUGGAGAAGUACCUCCAGCACACCAGCCUCAAGCUGUUCCCACUCAGCAUCAAGAACUACGCUCACCCAGUGCUGUCAGUGGACUGUUACCUGAACCUGGGACCUGAGGUGACCGUCUGUUUUGUCAGUUCAAGACCUCACGCCAUCAACAUCACCACCACCGGCCUGCUGUUCAGUGGCCUGCUGCUCUGUUUUGCGGAUUCUUUUGUGUCUCCAUCAUUCCUCAAGAAGUUUUCCUUUCUCAAAGGUGCGACUCUGUGUGUGAUCGGAGCUGACCGCAGCUCGCUGAGGCACACGGUGGGCAGACUGGAGCUGGAGGAGGAGUGGAGGUUCAGGCUCAGCGAUGAGUUUCAGACUGCAAACUCCAAAGAGGACCGACCCCUGUUCUUCCUCACUGGAAAACACAUCUAG